AUGGUGGUAGGGGCGAAUUUAUUUGUUGGUAAUUUAGAUCCUGAUCUUGAUGAAAAAGUUUUAUUUGAUACUUUCUCCUCAUUUGGCAAUGUUGUAUCCGCUAAAGUGAUGCGUGACCCUGAGACGGGUAUAUCUAAAGGAUUUGCAUUUGUAUCCAUGGAGAGCUUCGAGGCAUCAGAUGCAGCAUUAGCAGCAAUGAAUGGACAAUUCUUAUGUAAUAGACCUAUUCAUGUUUCUUAUGCUUAUAAAAAAGAUACUAGAGGAGAGCGUCAUGGAUCUGCUGCUGAGCGUUUGCUGGCAGCAAAUAGACCUACAAUAGAGAGACCUGGUGGUGGUGGUCCACCUAAGGAGGGGCCCAUCCCGUUGCAGCAGCAGACUGGUGGUACACCUUCAUUUGGUGGUGUACCCAAUGCGGGCCCUGGGGCCCCUCUACCUCCUCUACCAUUACCCAUGAUGGGUUCGGGGGCCCCUGGUUCCCUCCCUCCCCCUCCUCUCUUCUUUAUGCCAAGACCAGGCAUGCCUUUCCCUCCCCUCCCUCUGCCGCCUACAAUGGCGGGGGCCCCCAGGCCGGGCCUUGUGGGGGCCCCUGGGGAUGCAAGGGGUCCCUCUUCUGCUCCUAUGAAUAUGGGGGGGCCCCCUGCCCCAAUGCCUCCUCCUGUGCCGAUGCCUGGUGGCGUUGGUAUGAUGCCAGGAGGGGCCCCAAUGCCCGCCCGCCCUGCUACUAUGGGGGCCCCAGCGCCCCCUGCAGCGGGAGGCCCCCCUGGGGGCCCCCCAGGCGGCCCCCCUGGUGUCCCUGGAGGCCCCGCUGCAGCACGACCUCCAGCAUUCCCAAUGCAGGCCCCAGGAAUGCCAGCCCCCAUGCGGCCUCCUAUGGGGGCCCCUGGAGCCCCUGUCACCCCUGGUGCCCCCGGGGCCCCCCCACUUGGCAUGUCGCCUAUGGGGGCCCCCGGAGGGGCCCCACAGAUGGGUCUUGCCCCGGGGCCAAGGCCAAUGGGCAUGCCGGGAAUGCCAGCACCCAUGCCGCCUAUGGGCAUGCAGGGCCCCCCUCAGGGGCCCCCUCAAGGGUUCCAGUCCCCAUCGAAUGUAAUGAGGCCCCCAACUGUCCUGCCUCCUCCUACUGCCCCUGUACGCCCUCCCCCUCAGCAAUAA